UGAACAUGCAAAACAUUAAUAUUAAUAUUGACACAAGGGUAAGCCACAGAGAACAGAAACGGCCGUAGACGCUGGAAAGGGACAGCUGGCAGCUCCCUCCCUCACUACCAUUAUCCUGACUUCUCCACUUCUCCAAAAAGAAAACCAACACCAGAGUGAAGGAGGCUGUGGGGAAGGGUGGCAGCGGCAUGGCAGAAGUCAGGCCGAGUCCUUUGCCCUGUACACAGGAUAUCCAGAUUGUGCUCCUCGGUUGAAGAACAAUUUCUGCACUGUCACUCUGUCCAACAUCAGUAGUAGCGAUCAGGAAAGAACCUGGCCCCACACACUCAUGUGGCUAUCAUUCUGGGACCCUUUCUUGGAAGGCAGCAAGGAGAGAAAUCGUAGAGUCACCAUGAACCUAUCAGACAGUCCACUGGGACACAAUGACUCCCUGGAAGUACAAGGCACACCAUCAGAAACAGGCCACUCCCUUUGGGAGAUGGUCUUGAUUAUUGUAACAACAGGAAUCCUCUCAUUGGUCACAGUCGUGGGAAACCUGCUGGUGAUGGUCUCCUUCAAGGUCAAUCGAGAGCUGAAGACAGUCAACAACUACUACCUGCUCAGCCUUGCUGGUGCUGACCUCAUUAUUGGGACCAUCUCAAUGAAUCUGUAUACCACAUACAUUGUCAUGGGACGAUGGGCAAUGGGUAGUGUGGCCUGCGACUUGUGGUUGGCCCUAGACUAUGUGGCCAGCAAUGCCUCUGUUAUGAACCUCCUGAUCAUCUGCUUUGACCGCUACUUCUCCAUUACCCGUCCCCUCACCUACAGAGCUAAGCGAACGCCCAAGAGAGCAGCUGUUAUGAUCGGCCUGGCUUGGGCUAUCUCAUUUGUCUUGUGGGCACCUGCCAUCUUAUUCUGGCAGAACUUGGUUGGAAAGCGAACUGUCCCUGAGAAUGACUGCUACAUUCAGUUCCUCUCAGUGCCCACCAUCACAUUUGGAACAGCCAUUGCUGCCUUCUAUCUCCCCGUCACCAUCAUGGUGGCCCUCUACUGGAGGAUCUACCAAGAAACCCAGAAGAGAGCAAAGGAGCUCUCUGGAUUACAGGCCUCGGAGUUCAAGAGUAACCCACGAGUAGCUUCCAAAACAACCCAAAAUGGUGGCAGCAGUAGCAGCUCAGAACGGUCACACCCUGCUACCUCUUCAGAUGUGGCAAUUGUCCCCAUGAAGGCUUGCUGUUUCCCUGGACAUAAAACUAAAGGCUUCUCCUUAGAUCGAAGUAGCAAUGGAAGUUGGAACACCACAGAAGAGGAGGAGGUGGAGGAGGCUUCUGCUGAUUCCUUGAGUUCAUCUGAAGGAGAGGAACAACCCUUCGAAGUUCACUCUAUUUGCUCAAUGGUAAUUCGGCUCCCUAUGAUCAGCACCGUUAUACAGCCACCAAGGGAAACAGAGUAUCGAGAUCCCAAAACAGCAGCCAAGAGGGACUGGGUUGGAGAAAAGGGUCUUGUAACAAUUCCCAAACAACCUCCAGAUGGGGACAAGAGACUCAAGAAAGCAAUGAUACCGCUAAGGGAUAAGUCACUGGUAGUGACCAAAAGGCAGAUCCCAAGGAAACAGCGGCAAAGGAACCACCUCUCCAAGCGGAAGACACUUUCACUGGUGAAGGAGAGGAAGGCGGCUCGGACACUCAGUGCCAUCCUGUUGGCCUUCAUCAUUACCUGGACACCCUACAACAUCAUGGUGCUGGUGUCAACUUUCUGCCAAGAAUGCAUCCCUCAAGGCCUCUGGAAACUUGGCUACUGGCUUUGCUACGUCAACAGCACUGUCAACCCAAUGUGCUACGCUCUGUGCAACAGGUCUUUCCGAACCACCUUCCGGAUGCUACUGCAGUGUCACUGGAAUCGGCAUAAUUGGCGGAAGAUGCCUAAGAAGGGAGCUUGUGGUGUGUCGAACUGCUGAGCAGGGCAAAAAUACCCAGUCACAUGCCCAUGAACAGGCAACCGCAGGACUCUUGGCAUGAACAGAGAAGAUCUCUACAGCCAUCAAAAACUCCUUUGCAAGGAGGACAUAGCGACAGCCUAGAGGCAGCAGCAGCGUAUGCCAGGACUCAUCAUUUGAACCUCAGUGGCACAAGUCACUUUUCAGAGCUACUGCAUUGUGAACUUUUUCCAAAGAUAAGUGUUAUCCAUGGUCCCUGCGAACCUUAAACUGUGCUUAAUGAAUGGGAUGGAAACGUUAUACCCCCAUAGGUUACAAAGUUUGCCUCCCAACAGUGGGAACAUAACUGGUUACAGGAGCUACGGGGUGUUGGACAUAUUUGCUGCCAUCAACAGAGGCUCUCCAGGUUCUAAUCUUUAUUCUUCAGGGGCCAAGUUUGGACUACAGUAAAUCCAUUGAUGGAAUCUUGUGGUAAAAUGCAGAACAUUUCAAGGGCUGUUUCACAGUUGUUGGGAGUCCUAAUUCUGCCCCCCAAACCAAGCUUGUGACACACAAGGACCCUGCCUUGCAGGUUGCAGCGCCUGUGUUUUUGCAGUCCUGGGGCGGCAGCUAGAACUUAAGAUUUCUUAAGCACAAUACAGCACCUUCUUGAUGGUUCAGCAAGCGCAGCACCAAAUCCAGCUUGGCUGCACCAGAAACAUCUGAACGCACAGACUGUUGUUUACUUCUCUCAUCUGCUUGCACCCCAUUUGAGCAUGGGGACACUUCCUUGUGGCAUGGACAGACAUUAAGCUUUUUGAGGGCAUCAAAGAUUUUAGUCCAGCUCACUGCAUAUUGAGUUAGUUUGCUCAAUGCAGGGAAUUUUCUUAACAUCGAAGAAGAGUCAGAAGUCUCCCCUCCCCCCCCCCCCCAAUAAACUGAAUACAAUCCAUUGUACCACCUUAGGAGCCUACGAUCUCAUUCUCUUGUGUAUGUAAAUCAGGAAGCAGAGUAUCUGAAGCAAAACGGGAGCCCUUGCUGUGGAGUUGGGUCUGUCACAGCACAUUCACACAUGGAACUUACUGCUUGAUAAUGCAGUUACCAAAUGAGGAACACAGCUACGUGAAUCAGCCUUACUUGAUAGUACCAGGGUUACAGUAAUAAUAAGAAUGACUUCACCCUGUUUGGAAGCCUGCCAGCGUCCAUUUCUUACUAGUUUUUCAAAACCGCUUUUUAAAAAUAUGUACGAGAUUAGGAAAGAGGUGUCCACUCAUAAUCAGAGUUAUACGCAUGUGCCUGCGUGCAGAAUUUCACACAUAAUGGGCAAUAUUCUGCAGCCCAAAGGGGUUUUCUCCAGCUUAAGUGGAUCUUCCUCCAAUGGAAGAGCCACUUAAGUGGAGAGAAGGUUUCAAACCAGGUGAAGGAUUGCACAGGAAAAGCAGCCAGUGGGAAAAGGUUUAAGUAUCAAUGGCCUGUUUUUCUGUAAAGCUCCCCCUAUCCUAUCCCAUCCCAUGUAUGCAGAAAGACUCAGGUUCCUGGCCCCACAGUAUCUAGAGUCCAUAGGAAAAAACCUUCUUCCGCACAAUUUGUGAACCUUACAUCUAUUCCAGUAUCUUUAACGAAAGGGUUUUUUUUUUCUCUGUGUACCUUUUUAUGUUUGCACAAAUUCUUCAGAAAAGAGCAAAACAGGCUAUGGAAAGCGUACGCACAUGCACUUGGCUUGUUCUUUGGUACAAAAGUUAGCUGGGUGUGGGGUUGCUUUAAUCUUUAAGCACACAGCAUGCAUGGGCCCUG